CAAAAUCAAAACCCUUCCAGUCUAGGGUUUUAGCAACCGCUGCUCUUCCUAUUUCCGCCACCACGGAUCCACCAUUCCCCCCGAUCAUCACAAAGGAAAGGAAAUGUGGAGAUUGGCGAGGAAAGCAGCUUUUCUUCGAGGAACUCCAAAAUUCCGUACAAUACAAAACCCUUAUAGUACUCAGGUAACCCGAUCUCAUAAUCAGAGUCCACCGCUCCCUGAUUUAGCUCUGUUUCAAUGGAAUCGAUUUACUUCAUCCGUUUGUGUGAAAGUACCGUAUUAUCCAUCAGCAAGGUUUUUUUCUUCGAACCCAUAUCUUGAAAAUGAGGAUUCUCAGUCUGAGAAACCGGUCAUUGAUGGUUUUGAUGAAAACCCUGGAUUUAGUUUUGUAGAAUCUAACCCAAGAUGGGAUUUGGUUGAUAACCCAGGUGAGGUUUUUCCUGAAUUUGUUUUUGAGAGUGAAAAAACUGGUGAUUUAGCUGAUAAUUUGGUUGGGUCUUCGGCUGGAAAUGAUGAUGAUGAUGAAGGUGGCGUUUUGGAUGGUGGAGAUGGUAACGCUGGAAAAACUGAGAAAAUAGAGGAUAUGGUGCAGAAAUUGGAGGAUUUAUUGUCUUUGCUUCAGAGUAGUGGCGAUGCGAAGUCUUUAGAAUCUAGUCUUGAGGAUAUGGGGUUGGUUUUGAACGAAGAAUUGGUGGUGAAAGUGCUUGAAACUCCGUUUGUUCCGGGUGAAAAUUUGAUUGGUUUUUUCAAGUGGGUUCUAAAGAAUGGUCAGUUUUCAAUUACAAAAGCAGCUAUAGAUAUGCUUGUUAGAGCAAUCAGCAAUGAAGUUAAGACUAGGGAUGCUUAUGCUUUGUGGGAUCUGGUAAAGGAGGUAGGAGGAAAGGAUAUUGGAGUAUUAAGUACAGAAACUCUGAGUGAGUUGUUAUCCAUGUUUUCAAGGUUAGGUAAGGGGAAAGCUGCCUUUGAGGUUUUUAACAAGUUUGAGGAUUUUGGUUGUGUACCAGAUGCAGACACAUAUUAUUUUACUAUUGAUGCUCUUUGUAGGAGGAGGAUCUUUGAUUGGGCAUGCUCUGUUAGUGAGAAGAUGCUAAAUGCAGGUAGACUGCCAGAUAGUGAGAAAGUUGGGAAGAUUGUGUCUCAUUUGUGCAAAGGUAAGAAGCUCAAGGAUGCCCAUGCUGUUUACUUGUGGGCAAAGGAGGGGAAAGUAUAUCCCCCCCAGUCUUCUGUAAAUUCUUUGAUAAGCUCACUUUGUGAGAAUGAGAAACAAAAGGGAGUGGAAGUGGAAAGACUGAAGGGCGAAACUGAUUCACAUUCUCAAGCAGAAGAAGGUGCAGCACAUGAAGAGAAAGAAAAUGUUUAUCUGGCUUUAAAGAUGUUAGAUGAUAUCUCUGGAGAAGAACUCAAGCAUGCUAUUAAACCAUUUUCAUCUGUCACUGGGGGUUUAUGUAGGAUUAAAGAUUUUGAAGGUGCAAAGAAGUUACUCCAUAGGAUGAUCGAAGCAGGUCCACCUCCUGGGUAUACGAUCUUCAAUACAAUCAUCACUGGCCUUUCCAAGUCUGGAGAAAUGCAAGAGGCUAUAGACACAUUGAAAAUGAUGGAGGAAAGGGGUCUAAAACCUGACGUUUACACGUAUACUGUCAUUAUGAGUGGUUAUGUAGUGGGGGGUGCAAUGGAGGAGGCUUGCAAAGUCUUGGAUGAAGCCAAAAAGAAGCAUUCAAAGCUUAGCCCUGCUACUUAUCAUACUCUCAUCCGGGGGUACUGCAAGCUUGAACAAUUUGACAAGGCUUUAGACUUGAUUGGAGAAAUGAAGAACUACGGCGUUCAGCCGAAUGCUGAUGAGUAUAAUAAACUAAUUAGAUCUCUUUGCAUGAAAGCCUUAGAUUGGAGAACAGCAGAGAAGCUACUGGAAAAGAUGGGGGAGAAUGGAUUGCAUCUAAAUGGGAAAACAAGAAGUCUUGUUAGGGCGGUUAAGGAGUUAGAAGAGGAAGGACUAGCAAGCCAAGAUGUACCUACUGCUGCCUAAGUUAGCUCCAUGUAAUUGCAGCUCCAUGUAGCCAUGUUUCAGAGAUACUUCCAUUUUGUUCAUCAUAUCAUCUUUUUCCUUUCUUUUUUCUGAACUCACAAUGAUUGAUAAAGAAAGAUGUACUGCAGGUAAAUCUUUUGCAAUCCUGCACGGUCAUUACCUCUUAGUAAAUUUUUUGAAGUAAAGAUAGAAAUUUGCUGAGAUC